AAGACAUAAACUCGGUCACCUGGCGAGGGAGGGCGGGAGUAAGGCACCAUGAAGACGCUACAUACAUGGGAGAUUAAAUAUUUACACCUUGAAGAUGAGGUGGCCCUCACUCUCCAAGGCAAGGGCAGUGGUGACGAGGAGGCCAAGCCUGGGGAACCACAGGGACCAGAGGUUCAGGAAUGGACCCGAGUGGCAGAGCUAGUUGCUGCCGGAAGCUACGUGCAGGCAUUGCAGGAGCCUUUGUGCCAAUCAGCUCUUGGUAAAAGCUUGCAGCGGGCAGCUGGAACCAGUGUGGUGGACCACUACAAGGCUAACUUAACCACCUACCUAGAAGAGGGAGGGGAAGAGCAGCAGCAUGUGGUCCUCUGUGUGGGUUUGUGCUGUUUGCAGCUUUUCAUACAGAAUAACUUCACAGGGCCACAAUUGGGACCUCCACCUGCCACUCUGUUGCCGGGGUUGGUUCCAGAUGGUGUGGAGGCAACAGAUGUAUGGGAGGAAGCCUUAGAGGCCCUUGUUGGAGACACAGAGGGGGUCUACAAUCUGCUAGAAGGACCAGAGUACUUAACAGUGGCCAGGGUAGCACUGGUAGAGAUGCGGCCACACCUGGCUGCCUGCCUCACCCGGGACUGGUGGUCCAUGCGGUGCAGCAUGGCCCACCAACGUGUGGCUGAUGAGCGCUCCCCAGGUCUGUACGAGGAGUUACUGUGUGCCCUUAACCAAGCAGAGAACAACAUUGACCUGCUCUGUGUUUCCAAGGAGUUGACAGCCCUCUACCAUCUGGAAGCUGGCCACCUUCACCUCUACUACUAUGAUGUGGGACGAGCAGGCCAACACUUCAAAAGAGCCAGGGAGGCACUUGGCAUGGAGAUUGAAUUGACAGGGGCACUUGGCAAACGGACAAAGUGGCAGCAGGAGGACCGGCCUCAGCUUGUGGCAAAGGUGAAGUAUAUGGGGCAACCAUUGAUGGCUGGGGAGUUACCAGGCAGUACCCUCCUCCCCUCAGAUCUGCCUAAAGAUUUGCUUCUGCAGGAUGACACUCGGCUUCCCCGACCUAAGUUCAGGGACCAGGACCAGGAUGUUGUCCCUGACCUUAGACCAGUUGAGCAAGCAGUCUUGCUUGCUACCCUCACUCACCUACGACGCUCUUCAGCUAAUGAUAUUCAGUUAGAUCUGGAGACCAAAUCCUACCUAAUAGCCCUCCUACAGUACCCCAAGAACUGGUGCCUACAACUUUCUGCCCUUUUGUUGCGAUCCCAUGUAGAGGCUACAGAAUCAAGGGCAAUGGAACGCUCUCUGAACCAAGUGGAAGAACUUGUGGCAGCACUGAAGAGGGAGGAGCCAUCCCGGCGGGAACGGUUAUGUCUGUUUGGUGCCUCGCUUGUGCCGCCGCAUUGGGAGCUGCAACAGGAGCUGGCCAGAAUGCUGAUGCGGCUGGGCUGCAUCAAGACAGCUCUGGAGGUGUUUGAGCGGCUUCACCUGUGGGAAGAUGUGGUGACUUGCUUCAAUGGACUGCAGAUGCGGCAGCGGGCAGCAGAGGUGGUGCAACAGCAACUCCAGAAAGGAGAGACACCCAAGUUAUUGUGCAUGUUGGGAGAGGCAACUGACAAUACUGAGCACUACUUGCGGGCCUGGGAGCUUUCCGGCCACCGCAGUGGGCGGGCCCAGCGCUGUCUUGGAAACCAUUACUAUGUCAGGAAGGAAUACAACCAGGCUAUUACCCACUAUGAAAAAAGUUUGGAGAUCAACAGACUGCAGUUCCCAGUGUGGCAGCGACUGGCAUAUUGUGCCCUGCAAGUGGAAGCCUGGGAGAAGUGUGCCCAGGCUUACCGGCGAUGCAGUGUGCUGGAGCCUGACAGUUUUGAAGUUUGGAACAACAUGAGUCAAGCCUACCUCAAGUUGGAUCAAAAGCCCCGUGCUUGGAAGGCAUUGAAGGAGGCCUUGCGCUGCAAGAUGGAUUCUUGGCGCUUGUGGGACAACUUCAUGCUGGUGAGCACCUCUCUAGGAUACAUGCAGGAUGCACUGGCUGCCUACAGCCACAUUUUGGGUCUGAAGGAGAGGCACGUGGACACCCAGGUGUUGGGUCGUGUGGUAAAGGCCAUUGUAGAGGGCCAGCGUGACCCUGAGGGCCGUGAGGCACAGGGGCUUUACCGCCGCUGCUCAGAGCUGCUGGGCCGCCUCACUAGUGAGGUGCCAGCACAUCCUGAACUUUGGUACCUCUAUGGGGAGCUGACUCGUGCUCAUCUCUCUCCUGACCCCCAGACUCGUCAUCAGGCCAUGCAACGCUUCAGGAAAGCAGUAGCGGCCACCACACAGCGGCCAGGCUGGGAAAAGGAUACUACAACAGUAGUGGCUGCACUGCAUCGGGCAGUAGCAUUGGCAGAGGCUGCUGUGACCAUGACAGAGGGAACCAGUCCAGAAGCUGCUGUAACUGACCUGAAUUCAGCAAGAAUGUGCAUCAAUGGUGUGCUUGUUGGGGUACGGCGGGGCCAGGUCAAUGUAGCCACAGGGGAGAUAGUGGAGGGGGUACAGGAACCACUCAAGUUGUUGGAGGACAAGAUGACUACAUUAAAAGCUCAGCUGGAUACACUUAGGCAACAAACUUGACAAUCUGGGCUCUUCAUCACCAGAUCUUUCAUCAUCACCAUAAUAAUCAUAUCAUCAUCAUCACCUCAUCAUUCAUGGCCCUCCAACUCUGUCUGAAACUCUGAUCCUCAUUCAGGGCAACCACUCACUCAAAGCUUCACAUCACUCAAGUCAAAGCACAGAGUUAUUCAGGACUGAUAGAUAUUUUCAGAGUCCUUAAUGCAUUCCCUGUAAACUUAACACCAAUUUCUUAAUUGAUCCCAAGAAGUUCAGAAAAGAAUUUCCUUUAUUUUCAUGUCAAAAAAAAAGAGAAAAGAAA